AUGAAAUUAAAACUGUCAACAUCUCGAAAAGCUCGCCAUUCGGAAAUGGUUUGUGGUGUUGGGUGGAUUGGAACAGAAGCGAUUUUAUCAGCUGGAGAUGAUCAUAAUUUUCUGUUGACCAACACUCAAAAUAACGAUUCCCAACAGAUUUUGAGCAUGCCAGAAACAUUCUACCCAACAUCACUUCACAUUUUUCCAAGAUCUCAAGCUGCCAAGGGUGGACAAAAUGACGUUUUUGCGGUUUCGACUUCAGAUGGAAAAUUGAAUAUUCUCUCAAGAAGUGGAAAAAUGGAAAAAGUGGUGGAUGCUCAUAAUGGAGCAGCGUUGUGUUGUCGUUGGAAUUCUGAUGGGACCGGAUUGUUGUCAUGCGGCGAAGACGGCUUCGUAAAAAUGUGGUCCCGAAACGGUAUGCUCCGUUCUGUCCUAGCUCAAUUUGCCACCGCAGUCUACUGUGUUGCAUGGGACUCAACAUCAUCAAAUGUGCUCUACUGUAAUGGAGAUCAAUGCUAUAUAAAGUCAUUGAAAAUGCAAGUGGCUCCUCUUAAAUGGAAGGCACACGAUGGCAUCAUCUUGUGUUGCGAUUGGAGUCCAACUGCAGCAUUGAUAGUUACAGGAGCCGAGGAUUUGAAGUUCAAGGUUUGGGAUGGAUUCGGCCAGAUAUUAUUCAAUUCUUCGGUCCAUGAUUAUCCGAUUACAAGUGUCGCAUGGACCAGUGAUGGUAGUUUGUUUGCAGUUGGAUCUCAUAAUAUCUUGAGAUUGUGUGAUAAGUCGGGGUGGUCCCAUUCCCUGGAAAAAAUGAAUUCUGGCUCUGUUAUGUCAAUGAGCUGGUCUCCAGAUGGUACCCAGCUGGCAGUUGGUACAGCUGCUGGACUAGUUUUUCAUGCUCAUAUCAUUGAUAAACGCCUGAGUUAUGACGAAUUUGAAAUCGUGCAAACCCAAAAACAAGUAAUCGAAGUUCGAGAUGUAAGUAGUGAAGUAUCAAAGGAGACACUGGAAACCAAGGAUCGGAUAUCCAGAAUGUCAAUUCUGUACAAAUAUUUGAUUGUCGUCACCUCGUCGCAUAUUUAUAUUUAUAGCUCAAAAAACUGGAAUACCCCUACCAUGAUCGAGAACACCGAACGAACUGUCAAUAUAAUUGUGCAAUGUGAAAAAAUCUUCCUUGUCUCUGAUGGCUUAACAAUCACAACGUUCACCUAUGAAGGUCGUAAACUGAUCAAUUUGAAUCCUCCAGGACAGGUGAUGGCACUUUUGGAUGAGCGGAAAAUUGAUUUGGCAAAUGAUACACUGGUGGUUAGGGACAGGGCGGAUAAUAAGGUUUUGCACUUUUUCGAUCCGACUACAGGAAAGGCACAAGGAGAUGGGAACUUGAAACAUGAGCACGACAUCGUAGAGCUUACUGUAAACCAAUGUGGGUCCCUCAACGAACGAAAUGUCGCAUUUCGUGACCAUAUUGGUGCUGUGUACGUGGCAAUGGUCAAAACUUUUGGUGUCAGUCAGCGAUUGGUCAAAAUUGGAUCAUUGGUUGAGCAGUUGGUUUUCAAUGAUGUCACAAAUAUGUUGUGUGGGAUUUCAGAGGGCAAAAUUGUUGUCUGGCCUCUCCCCAACAUCGCCUUCUCCGAUCGGAAUCUUCUUCAAAAAUCUCUAAUUCAAAAGACCAUCGGUAUCAUGGGAAAAUUCCCACAACUCGCGAAUUUCGCUGGAAACACAAUUGUGAUUCGAAAAUCGGAUGGAUGUUUGGUGCCAACAGGAAUUUUACCAUUCUAUGGGACUUUGAUAACAAUGGCUUCGAGUUCGAAAUGGGAUCAAGCGAUUCGAUUGUGCAGGAGUAUUGGGAACGACACUCUUUGGGCAACACUUGCCAGUCUCGCCGUCAUUCACAAAAACAUGGCAUCCAUGGAAAUCGCGUAUGCUGCAUUGGAAGAUGAUGAAAAAGUUUCAAUGAUAAAUGAGAUAAAAGAUAAGACUGAUAAGGAUGUCCGCCAAGCGUUACAAGUGGUCCUAACUGGAAAAUUAGCAGAUGCUGAUACGAUUUUGGAGAGGAAUGGACAAGGAUUCCGAGCCAUGAUGCUGAAUAUUCAGAUGUUUAAAUGGAAAAGAGCUCUCGUGUUGGCUGGAAAAGACAAAGAUUGGAUUGAGGUCGUUAUGGGAUAUCGUGAGAAAUAUUUGAAAAACUGCGGACAAAAAGAAACGGAUCCACAGUUUUUGAAAAUGAUGUCUGAGGUCGAAAUCGAUUGGGUUCACAUCAGAGAGACGAUUGCAGCGGAGAAAGCUAAAGGAACUUAUUGA